AUGCACAACUUUCCUUAUAAUCCAUCUCACAACACAGUCAACGACACCCAACAGCCAGUCCCCCUUAUGCGCGGGGCAAAGCGAAAACGUCUGGCAAAGGCCUGCGACGCCUGCCACAAGAGCAAGCGACGCUGUGAUGGAACAGCCCCGUGCAGCAAUUGCUACUUUGCAUCGAAACAGUGCACGUACACCGAUGCAUCCGGCCGCCCCGUCCCUGCUCCGCAUCGCUUCGACCCCACACGGGCAAGUCUGCUCGGCCCCCCGCCAAUAGACAGCCGGUCACUCCCGUUUGCCCAUCCUCCCCUCCAGCUGCCCCCGUCAGACCAUGCCCGUUUCACCCAAAACCACAGACUCCUCCCACCGCCGUCCCAACCCUCAGCAGCCUCCUCGAGUGAUCCUACCGAUGACGAUCGCAGAAAUCCAAGAAAACGCUUCAGAAACGACCGUGGAAUCGCCAUCUCCCCGGACGAUCUCGUUAUUGAUGGUCCAGUUACCACCUCCCUCGACCGUCCACGCGCAGUAGAACUCGACCCUGGCCUCAUGCGAGAACUCACAAAUCUCUUUUUCGCACAUUGUCACCCCGCCAGAGCAAUCAUCCACAAACCAACUUUUUCCUCAAAUCUCAGUCACAAUAGGGUCCCAAAGUAUCUCCUCCACGCUGUCUGCGCUCUCGCGGCUCCAUUGUCGAAGCAACCCCGCAUACGGACAAAUCCAACACGCUUUGCAGGAAGACCCUUUGCUCAAGAAGCACUCUCCCUCAUGUUCGAUGGCGCAGGUCGCCUCAAAUGCGAACCAAACCUUGCCACCGCUCAGGCCCUCUGCCUCCUUCAGAUGCACGACAUCGUAACCAAGGAAAAGAACGCUUGUUGGACUUCUCGUUAUCAUGAUCUGGCUUUGCGAAUCGUUGAAGCCCUCGGAGUUCACAGCCCGGAGCAUCCUACUUUGACCCCAGUACCCUCUCCCGAAUUUAUCAGCGCUUCAUUAGAGCGCGAAGCAAUCCGCCGCAUCUUUUGGUAUAUCCAUCUCCUCGAUCUCAAGGCUUCCAUCUACUUCAAAAAGCCCACUACUUUUACCCAAGUCGAACUGCGCCUCAGGCUACCCGUUGAUGAAACAAGUUUCGAGUUAGGGGUCCAUUCCACGCUCCCAGUUCGCAUCAUCACCAUCUAUGCCCAAGUGGAGUCCAUCCUCGACGACUUUAAUGUACCAUAUCAAGAUCCCGAGAGUCUGGCGAACACCAACAAACGCUUGUACGAGACGGAGCAAAUCAUGGAGAACUGGGCUCGGACGCUUCCAGACCAUCUCCGAUUCUCCGAACAGAGCCUGCAAGUGCAGAAAUCGAUGUUUGAAACCAGCUCCAACACUGGCGCGUGGUGUUGGUGUUUGCUUCACGUUUACCAUGCGUCUUGUGCGCUUGCUCUCAGCUGCGGGAGACAGCGGAACACUCGCGAUGCGAUAGUGGAACCUCUGUGGGCUCUGAACAUGAUUGACUCCAUCCUCCGCAUGAUAGGCGAUCGAGCGAAGAACAGUCUUCUCUUGGGUGCUGCACUCUGGUCGCUAAUCAAGUACUGCAAGAGGGACGAUCCGCAGUGCAGGACUGGAGACCCGCACCCGUCGCCUCCUCAACGUCAUCCUUAUUCGGCCCCAGGACAAUCUUCUUCUUCGAUGCAGCAGCAGCAACAACAGCAAUCACGUCCAACACAUCGGUUAUCCGACGCUCGACAUCCUGGGAAUGGGAGUACAGGACUGUCGAAUCUGAGUUUGAACCACUCGACACGCCUGCCUCCCAUUCAACAACACGGGGAAGGCUCGAACAAUGGUAACGGCAACCAUGGACAUGGACAUCGAACUUCGCCGAACACUUCGCCUGGUACAUCUCAUUCUUAUCUGCACGGUCGGUACGUGGAUGAUGAGAAGAAUGGAGGAGGAGGGGGCAAGAGCCACAAUCACAGUGACGGCAACGGGCACUCUCAGGCUAUCACGAGGCUUCCCCCUCCACAUACGCUCAGUGAGCCGAUGUCAGGGUCGACGAGUAGUACAGCGGCAGCGAGCAGUGCCGCGAGUGGUGCAAGUGGAAGCUCCUCGAUCAAAUCUGAGCAAGAUGGAAACCGGGACGGACUUCGCGGACACGAGGCGUCAAGUUCUCAGUCUCAUUCAGGUCCUAACCCCCCUUCCUCUUCGUCAUCAUCCUCUGGUUCUGGCGACAGAGAACACGGACUAAACGGUGUGGGGAUGCAACAUUCGAAGCGGUCACCCGUAUUGGACACCCUUUCGUCAUCGUCUACCUCGGGUCCUGGUUCAGGUUCACUUUCAUCGAGAAACCACGGUGUCAACGGGACGCUUGGUAGUCUUGGAAGCGGGAUCCAAGUAGGCAGUGGAGAGAAUUCCCAGCCGCAAUCGUUACCGUCACUCAAAGCGAGUGGGUUGCUUGAUUGGAAUAAUGGGUCUAGGAUGGGAGGAGGAGGUGGCGAUAGUCUGAGAGACAGGGACAGGGACGCGCAUCGCGAACGACAGCCCCAUGUCGGACCGAACCCGCCACCUCGACGUUCUUCUCCUCGGAGAUCACCACCCCCUUCGUCUUUGUCGACUUUAUCGUCUACUUCUUCCUCUUCUCUCCCACCACUCUAUCACAGCGGUGAUGAAAGGACGGGGAUGGGGGUGGGGAUGGGAACCGCAGUGGGGGCGGGGGCGGCGACGGGCGCGCCGGUGGUUCCGCCGCUUGGGAUGCCGGUUGGGAUGAAGUGGCUGGCGAAUGAAUCUCGGUAG